UUGGCGUCCCUGGUCCCGUUAACAACUCCGACUUUUGACACUUGUUUGACGCGCCGUUUGAGGUUAAGUAGUUUUUCAGAUUCGUUAUUUUUCGAAUAAAUCUCCAAAAUGCCACGAAUUAUGAUAAAAGGCGGCGUUUGGCGCAACACCGAGGAUGAAAUCCUCAAAGCCGCCGUAAUGAAAUACGGCAAAAACCAAUGGUCUCGAAUCGCGUCGCUCCUUCACAGAAAGUCGGCCAAGCAGUGUAAAGCCCGUUGGUUCGAGUGGUUGGACCCCAGCAUCAAAAAAACAGAAUGGUCAAGGGAAGAGGACGAGAAAUUAUUGCAUUUGGCCAAGCUCAUGCCCACGCAGUGGCGUACCAUCGCCCCCAUAAUCGGCCGGACGGCGGCUCAGUGCUUGGAGCGCUACGAGUAUUUGUUGGAUCAAGCCCAGAAGAAGGAGGAAGGGGAAGAUGUGGCAGAUGACCCUCGAAAACUAAAACCGGGCGAGAUUGAUCCAAAUCCGGAAACUAAACCGGCGAGGCCCGAUCCGAAGGACAUGGACGAGGACGAGUUGGAAAUGUUGUCGGAAGCUCGUGCCCGUCUUGCUAACACCCAGGGCAAGAAAGCUAAGAGAAAAGCCCGCGAGAAACAGCUGGAAGAGGCGCGACGUCUCGCCGCUUUGCAGAAGCGGCGAGAAUUGCGUGCGGCGGGGAUCGAGGUGAACUCGCGCCGCAAGAAGAAACGCGGUGUCGACUACAACGAAGAAAUUCCCUUUGAGAAGCAACCGGCUAUAGGUUUUUAUGACACCUCGAAUGAAGUCAUAGAUCCCAUGGCUCCCGAUUUCCAUAAAAUGCGGCAGCAGCACCUCGACGGGGAACUACGUAGCGAACAAGAAGAGCGCGAACGAAGGAAAGACAAACAAAAAUUGAAGCAGCGCAAAGAGAACGAUAUUCCACAAGCCAUGUUGCAGAAUCAGGAACCGGCGAAGAAGAGGUCUAAGUUGGUCCUGCCUGAGCCUCAAAUUUCCGAUCAAGAGCUUCAACAGGUGGUCAAAUUGGGUAAAGCUAGUGAAGUGGCGCGCGAAGUAGCGGCCGAAAGCGGCGUCGAAAGCACCGACACUCUCUUCAGCGACUACACGAUGACGCCGCAAGCCGCCGCCACCCCCAGGACUCCAGCGCCGCAAACCGACCGUAUCCUCCAGGAAGCCCAGAACGUGAUGGCUCUAACUCACGUCGACACCCCUCUCAAAGGGGGAUUAAACACGCCCUUGCACAACUCGGACUUCACGGGGGUGCUUCCGCAAGCCCUCACCGUAGCCACUCCCAACACAGUCCUCGCGACUCCGUUCCGGUCGACGAGGAGCGACGGGGCGAACACUCCUGGGAGCGUGGGGUUCGCGACGCCACGUAGCGGGGCUCCAGCGGGCAACUUCACGCCCUCUGUGAGAGACAAACUUAACAUCAACCCCGAGGAGAGUCUCGACGUGGGGGAGACGCCAGCGGCGCACCGCUCAUUCCAGAACACCGUGAAAGAACAACUCAGAUUGGGUUUAAGUAGUCUUCCGGCGCCGAAGAACGACUACGAGAUCGUGGUGCCCGAGCACGAGGAGGAGGAGAAGGUCGAAGUGGUGCAGGACGAGAGGGUGGAGGACCAGGCGGACGUGGACGCGCGGCUGCAGGAAGAACUGAAGGCGAGGGCCGCGCGCGAAUUAGCGUUAAGAUCGCAGGUCAUCCAGAGGACGUUGCCGCGACCACAAGAAGUCAACCUGGCGGUGUUGAGGCCGAUGAACGAAAGCCACUCUCUAACGGAGCUGCAGAAGGCCGAGGAGCUCAUCAAGCUGGAGAUGGUGACCAUGCUGCAGUACGACAACAUGAAGAACCCUCCGCCGACGGUGACGAAGCGGUCGGCGAUUUCACAAGCGCACCAGUUGGCGUUCUUGGAUCAACAUCCAUACGACGAUUUCAGACCGGAUGAUUUAAAAGUGGCGAAACACUUGUUGAAACGGGAGAUGGAUGUGGUGAAGUACGGGAUGGGGCACGGGGAGUUACCCAUCGAAGCGUACACCCAAGUAUGGGAGGAGUGCCUCGGACAAGUCCUCUUCGUACCGAAUUUGAACAAAUACACCAGAGCGAAUUUAGUCAGCAAAAAAGAAAGACUGGAGUCGGCGGAGAAGAGACUGGAACAGAAUCGGUCGCACAUGGCACGGGAGGCCAAGAAGGCCGCCAAAAUGGAAAAGAAGUUGAAGAUCUUGACUGGAGGGUACCAGUCGAGGGCUCAGGCGUUGAUUAAACAACUCCAGGAUUACUUUGAGCAAAUAGAUCAAGCACACCUGGAGCUCAACACGUUCAAGUUUUUGCAAGACCAGGAGAAGGCGGCGCUGCCGAGACGAAUACAGUCGUUGACAGAGGACGUCAGCCGCCAGAUGGAGAGGGAGAAGGCGCUCCAGAACAAGUACUCGGAGUUGCAGCAGCACAUUAAGCAGAUCCAGACGCACCUCGAGCAGCUGCAGACUCCUGAGGCGCCAGUCGAGCAAACGCAAGAGGUGGAGAGCGCGGAAGUGGACGAGGAGCCGGAGGCCGCUGUGGAAGAGGUUGCAGAGGGGUAGUUCUUGUAUGUGUAUAAAAUAAAGUUGUAAAAUUA